CUGAGAACCACUGCCCCAUUUCUAUGCACUCACUGCCCAUGCUGAAGAACAGUUGUUCACACGUGUUGCGUCACUAACAUGCGCCGACUGGACUCAGCGGACUGUUGUUGUAGCCUUUAACGUUGGCGUCUUUGCUGAACGUCUCAAGUGAAAUCGCCACGCAAAAGCCCGAUUGAUCACAGUCACAACACCCCUGCUAUUUUGCAGAAUCCUUUCCCCAAUAGGCGGGAUUGUCGUUACUAACCGUGGAAUUUACACGCCGGUGACGGAUUUUAGCCUGUUAGCAGGCAGCAGGUGCUAGCGAAAGGUUACGUUAGCGCAAGCAAGUCAAAGCGCUUUGGGCUUUAACGUCUCAUCUACGAUGAGAACGCUUGAAGCGAGAAAUUAAAAUAAAGAUCGAGAUGCCGGAAACCUUGCGUUGGGGUACGUGAUGGGAGAUUUUGGCUGCAGCAGGACUCCUGAUGGAUGGAUGAAGAAGUGACACACGUGAACCACACUGCUGGGUGUGGACAUUCAGCUAAAACAACCUCAGAAAGUCAUGAUUUUGUAAACAAGCUGGCAAUGGCUUCUCGUGACGUUGACAAGCUCCCAAGUGACACCGGGGACUUGGAGACAAUUUCGGGAUCCCUUUCUAAAUGUGGCGGUUCUGACGUUGCAGAAGAGCAUCUUCCAGAUAAAGCAACUUCUAUCGAGAAAACCCCAAAAUCUGGAAAAUUUAGGACUGCUCUUACAUUCUUUGGAGUUCGCAAAAGCAUGUGUCUCUUACCGAGCUUUUUCGGAGGAAGGAGUAAAAACCAGAGCAAGUGGACUUCUAAGAAGGGACUCUACAAAAGCAAAACUCAUGAUGGGCUAAGCCAAAUAAGUCACGAUGACAGCCCGAGAGGUGCAUCCACUUCCACUGGGGACUUUGAGUACCUCAACCAGAGUGACUGCAAUGAAAACCUGCAUUGUAAUGAAUGUAGUUUCCCCAACGAACAGAAAUCUCAGUCCCUCACUAGACAGAAACGGGGUUUGAAAAGUUUUUUUAGUAGUUUUAAACAUCACAAAAACCAGAGGAAUGGCUCGGACAAAACGGAAAUGAUUGCAAUGUCCUCUCCUCACUGCCCUAAAGCGAUGCCUCCUGUCCAGAGCGACCCUGACCAGUAUGUCACACAGUGCCUGGAAUCUGAACCGGAUGUGCCUGAUUUUGCAAAUGCUAUGUGUGAUAGUUCACUGGCACCUGAAUGUAACAGCACUAAAGUCGUAACCUUAGAGAAGAGUUGCGACCAAGAAAACACUCCGAUUGAGUGUGAUACUCAAUCAUGUCUUGAUCAAAUAGAUGAAAUAAAUUUGAUGGCUGUGGUUUCCAGCGAAUACAAGGAGAGCGGGAGAGGACAGAGUGAGCCUUGUCUGUUACUUGAGAUGAUGCCUGAUCCUACACUGAAGUCCGAAACACCGGCUGGCUCAUCUGAUCAACUGAACCUGAUUUACGGCGAGGUCGCCUCACUUAAGAGCUUCGAUUCACUCACUGGUUGCGGGGACAUCAUUGCGGAUCAAGAGGUUGACGGCAUCACAGAGGCGCCGGUUUCUGGAGAAAGAAGUAGAAAUGGAGGAAAGCGGGCCUCCUGCUUUCUCACGUUCCAGGGCGGCGGUGAAGAAAUGGCCUCCCCUGAAGAUUUCGACGAACAGUGUCUCCACGAUUUCUGGGAAAAUAAUGCAUCUGAGGAACUUCACUGUCCUUACAACCAGGACUUCAUGGAUGUGAGUGCCAGCAUAAUUCCAUCGCACAAUAUGGACAGCGAACAGCAAGCCAGCACCUCAAACACUUCAGCUGAUGUGUUGACACCCCAAAGUGAGCAUCAAGAAUCGGUUCCUAAUAGUGACGAGGGCUACUAUGAUUCUACUACCCCGGGUCCAGAUGAAGGACAGGACAGAACAGACCGGCUAAGACAGACAAACAGAUUACCCAGGGACAGUUACAGCGGGGAUGCCCUCUAUGAACUGUUUGCAACGGAUGAGAGUCUUGUCAGUCCACAUCAUGAAAGCAAACCCAGACUGCCAAGUUCCAAACAGAUUGAGCAAAUGGAUGUCCCCGAUUCUGUUUUCUCCGAGAUGAAACGACUACCAAGUGCCGAACAGUAUCAAGUGCAGGAUUUGAUUGAGGUGCAAAGUGCAUGCAAGCCCUUCAAAUUGACACGAAAUACAGUAUCUCCGCAAGAAGUUGACUGGAAGAAGAACUGUCAUUUGAAUUCAAAAUCACAGGCAGCGCUUAGCAAGAAUUUGGAGGCAGGUGAAUUGAAUGAAAAGGGAACUGAGCUCGCUUCCCCAACUACUAUAAAUGUUGACUGUAAGACGAGGCACAGCAACUUGUCAUUUGCAAAUCCAUCUGACCCAGAUUUUAAAACGUUAUGUGAUCCCAAAGAGCUACAUCCAGAGGAAAACAAGCCUGUUGCACUGCCGUUCGGAAAUGUCGGUUCCCAUUCUCCGGAUUGUAACAGUUGUUUGGAUGAAAGCCACGCCGUUUGUUUCUCCCAAGCGCUUGUAAACUAUGAGAAAAACUCUCAGCUGCUGUGCAACUUGCACAACGCGAGCGUGGACGUCUUGGAGACGAGCAGCGCCUUCACUCCAAAUAUGGAGGCCUUACCCACCAUCGUCACGUUCGAUGUGGUGGACACGCAUAACGAGGGGGAAUACGAGGAGCAGAUUCACAUGGAGCUGGAGGAGGACAUUUCGUCACCCUAUCAGGAAUUUGAAGAGAGCUACCUCCAAAAAGAUGCAUUCGCUGAAUGCGACUAUCAAAUGUUAGAUCUGUAUGAGCAGAGUCUCAUCAGUAACACGUGGGCCAUCGCGAGUCUUCCACGGCACCUUGGCCUUACAAGACUAAGCCAGUCCAUGUCCAAUCCCUUGUCCCUGGACAGGAGGAGUCGGUCUCUGGACACGGAAAGCCUUCAGUUGCAGAUGCCGAGUGCAUGCAGAGAGAGCAGAGCUGCUACCCUUUGCUGUCCUAAAGCUGAAGGAGACCCUGAGAGUCAUCCUUCAGCAUAUUGUGAAAAGAAUGUACUGAUGUCCUCAUCAGAGGUGACAGGUGGUGGCAGCGCUAUGGCCCUACCGUGGCAAAGUCGCUCAGAAAUGGCUUUAAGCGUUCCUUUGACUGAUGAGGACAUCACUGCAACGGUUGAGAAACUUAACAUAUUUUCUGAUUCAUUCAGCGGGGGCUUACCUGACGAUGAAGCCCACCUUCACUCUGAUGUGCCAAUGUCUUGUGAUGUCAUGUCGCCAGACGCAGAGCUUUACAGUCGGCCGUGCCACCUCCCCUUGCCGUCAGAUUCUUGUUUACCUCACAGCACCUUUGUUUAUUCAGGAAUAGACACGUCGUACGGUUCAGAUGAGGAUGGGUUUCGCAAAGCUCCCGCCGAUUGGCAGUCGUAUAACAUGCAGUUUGGUCAAAGCGGACAAACGGUGAAUAUGGAUAGAAUGUCUCAUUCCGGAAGUCCUCGGAGGGCGGGUGUGAAGACGGAAGACCCGCACAUAGAUGCGACAAAUCCCGCAACGGGCAACAAACUUCCCAAAAUGACCUUGAAAUUGAAAGGCUCUCAAUAAUACGGUUGGCAGGGCAAUGAGGUGCCAUUGAUUGCUCUUUACGUGUUAUUCUUUGUGAUCAAUUAUGGCUUACUUGAACAAUUCAUUUGAAAUUUACUGCACAAAAACUGAAAUAGGAGUCAAAUCCCAGUCAUGUUGAAUUAAGACAGCCGAAUGGUUUCACACCGUGGCAUCACCCAACAUGUUUUACAAAACAAUCUCAUGUUUCCCUUAUAUCCAGGUUUCAUCUGUUGCUGAGCUUUAUCUGAAGCCUCCUCAUCAGCCUGGUUUACAUCAAACACCAGUUGCCUCUUAAAUCUCUUACUUGAUCACAUUUGCUUCUGUACUACAGUGCAGCUUUCUUAAAUUUGUAGGGUUUUUUUGUUUUUGUUCACCUCAUUUCAAGGUCAAUGUUUUUUUAAAGGGAACACUUUGUGACUAUUGUCACAAGAAUGUAGUCGUUUGGUUUGCAACACUUUUGUGACUAUCGUCACAAGAAUGUAAUAGUUUGGUUUGCAGUACUGAAAGUCUGUUGUUAGUUUCGAUUGUGGUAUUGAAAUUGUAAAGGUGAGUCAUAGUCCUUGCACAUUCAACGACCAUUAUUGUAGAUAGUAUGGCAGGAUAAAGCUGGUUUAUUUAUGGAGCACAUGAGUGGAAUGCUGCUUCACUGCCUGUGCAGCGCAAAAGCAGAAUACUGGCACAAUUUCUGCACAUUUUUUUUGCAUUUAGAAGGAAUGUGGUUUGAAUAGAAAUCCCUGCCUCAUGUUCAUAUCAUGUGAAUUCCACGUUUCAUUGAUCGGGUGACUUGUUUUUUUUCUCGUGUCAUGAACAAAUGUCAUGGAAUGUUUUGUAUUUAUAUUUCAGCCAUUUGUCCCUUGUAGGACUGUACUGAAAAUGCUGUUAAAACUUGUCGAUGUGGCUUCAGUUUUAUCUGUUAUUUUGGAAAAUCUGUUUUGUCAAUUUGAGCACUGCCUUAAAGUAAACAAAAAAAAAAAAAGACUUACCUGAAUUUAAA